AACUGAGCUCCAGAGUGUGCGUAAGCUGUGCGUCUGACGUCACUCCCCCUAGUAACCCUCGGGUGUGCGUAAGCCGUGCGUCUGACGUCACGCCCCUUAGUAACCCUCGGCGGCGUCUCCAGGAGAGAAGGCAACAAGAUGGGAUUGCUGUCCAUCCUGCGGAAGCUAAAGAGCACACCAGACCAGGAGGUGAGGAUACUGCUGCUGGGUCUGGACAACGGCGGGAAGACCACCCUGCUAAAACAGCUGGCAUCUGAGGACAUCAGCCACAUCACCCCCACUCAGGGAUUCAACAUUAAGAGCGUCCAGUCUCAGGGUUUUAAACUGAAUGUUUGGGACAUCGGAGGCCAGAGGAAGAUCAGGCCUUACUGGAGAAACUACUUUGAAAACACAGAUGUGCUGAUUUAUGUCAUCGACAGCGCUGACAGAAAGAGAUUCGAGGAAACGGGUCAGGAGCUGGCUGAGUUGUUGGAUGAAGAGAAGUUGAGCGGCGUUCCUGUGCUGCUCUUUGCAAAUAAGCAGGAUCUGCUGACAGCUGCCCCGGCCUCCGAAAUCGCAGAGGGGCUCAAUCUGCACACCAUCCGGGAUCGCAUGUGGCAGAUCCAGUCCUGCUCCGCCCUCACUGGUGAGGGGAUUCAGGAGGGCAUGAAUUGGGUCUGCAAGAGCGUCAACUCCAAGAAAAAAUAGCUUCGCUUCUAGUCUUCUACUACUCAGGAGGAAUGGCAGCAGCACACACACAUACACUGACACACAUUGCACCCUCCUGAGCCUUAGUACGAUGGGAUAUACCUGUGAAUGUAAACACACUACUAAUCCAACCUGGACUUGGAGUUUUUAACCCGCUGCAUCCCUGUAUCGCUGACGUUUACUAAUCUCAACGCAUCUUCCUACGUUAGCCUCUACAAAGGAGGACGGAGGCUUGACUUCAAAAGGAACCCAUGCCAGGAAAUCAACCCCCAUCUCCACCCAGACUACCAACGUCACCCACCAUCACAACCUCAAACAUUCCCAUUAAACCAUCGUCUCUCAGCGCGUUCGUAAACGCUCUUUCACUACAUCUUUUCCUCCAUCUCAUAUGUGGUGAUGUUGUUUUCGUUUUGUUUUUUAUCAUUCCACGAUGGCUGUAAGCGCUUUUCCUGCUAUGGCUCUGUUUGAAGUGAGGUAUAUUUUUGUAAUUGUUUUAUUUAUGGUGAAGUAGAGUGUAGAGUGCUUUCAAACAACAACCGGUGUGACGUGUGUGAUUUCAAGGAUGUUAGAGAAAACGUUCUGACUCUCUCCCCAUUAAAGAAUAAUACUGUACAUGUUAAUAUGUAUAAAAAAAAGAAUUAAAAAAGAGAAUUAAAAUGGUUAA